AUGUCGAUGAAUAAGUUAGGAAUAUGGCUGAACAACAAAGAAUAUUUAUGUGAUGUAAAUGAACACACAACGUGUGAUGAAGUCAUACAGCUUCUGAUUAAACCUCCCGUGAAUGAAAUACCGCAUUCCUUUGAGGUUAAUGCCUGUGAAUACAAACUUGACAAAUUGUUUGCAAAGCAAAGUGACAGCUCAAAUAACAUCAGUAAUGGUAGCAUGGACAAGAGCAGACAGAGUCAUAUACCACGCAAGUCAAGACUAGAUAUAGUAUAUGAUAGCAGGAUACAAGAACUGUCUGAAAGGAUUAGUCUGCUUGAUUCAACAAUCGAGAUUUAUGAUAAUACUGAUUUUGAAGAUGGUUUAACUGAUGAUGAAAUAAUCGAGAAUCAAGUAACAAGAAUGGGGAUGCUUCUAAAGAAACAAUCUAUUACAAUUAAAAGCCUUUCAAAGCGACAGAAUACAUGUUUACAUACGGAGAAAAUAGCAAAGGAAAAAUUGCUUGUGGAGUUAGAGAAAAAUUAUAAUCAAAUGAGUGUGUUUGACGAUCAACUGCAACAACUUCAAUCAACACUUGACGUUCUAAACCAGAGAUCGAAUAAAUAUGAAAUGAACGCCGAACAAUAUUCAAAUAUGAGAACUAAAAUUCACGCCAUUCCUUGCCGUUCUUGUUCACCCGAACUAACCAGAAAUAAUUUCACAACUGAUUACGAAAAUAAUCAUAGUAAAGACAUGGUGAACUACACACCGUCUAAAUUAUCAGAACAUGGGCCCUACACUGCUAAUGAAUGUCAGGCACUUGGACAUGACAUAUAUAGACAGCGGGAUAACCUACACUUUGUUGAAGAUAUCAAUGACAAUCCAAGACCUUCUGAUGUGGAUAUUAUGGACAGUAAUGAGAAGGAUAUCUUGACAAGAAAAGAGAUUAUAAGUUUAACAUUUGGUCUUAAAGAUCAGGAAUCGUCUGUUCUAGUUUGA